ACAAUAAUCGAUUUGUAAUCAGCAGCAUGACGAUAUUAAUUUAAUUAUUCUAAAUAUUAAUCUUAAAGUAUUUUAAAAUUCAGAAAACUUUACUUUCCUUGUUAAGUUUUUUUUUAUUUACAAUAUACAAAAUGUAAACGUAAAAUCAUUUAAGGUGAUGAAAUAGCCACCUAGAUAGCUAUUGACCUAAGUAAUGCGUACUCCAUGUUGUGUAUAUAGAGCAAUGAAAACUGUUCGAGGAGAAAUAUGUAUGAGUAAGGACAUAUCUGGAUACAUAGACAGGAGAAUUUUUAUUGUUCCCCAAACUUGCCAGUUCGUCCGGUAUACAGCUGGUGUUGAAGUGGAAUUUACAAAUACUAUUGGGACGCUACGAGUACUGACUGUGUGUUUCAGUCUCGCUUUUUUACAUGCAGUCAGUACCAUAUAAGAUGCAAGUUUUAAAGUUCAUCGACGUUUUAUUUACUUGCAAGGCAAUCUGCCAGUUUACUAAUUUAUCGUGCUACUUUCGGUUUUGACGAAUAUAUUUAUCCCUUCUCAGAAAACGAGCGAUAGGUAUACAUAUAUACAAGUCAAAUUCGAACAGAAUGUUACCAUCAGAAUCUUCUCGAUAAAAAAAGUAAGCAUUAUAUUUAAAUUCAUAUAGACCGGAUAUUACGUAGAGCUGAAACACAGGAAAACAAUUGGCUGGUGUUCGCGCUCUUCCUCAGUCUGAUGUGAACAGCAUGGCGGAAGACAACCUUGCGAUCAUUAAAGACGAAGUCUUACAAAAUGCUUCCCUGGAAGCCAAUAAGUCGGGAAACAUUAUGCCAUUUCUAAAAGUCGAAUUGCAGUGUAAAAUCCAGUGUAGACGGCUAGAGCGAGGACAAGAUGAAAUAGAUCUGCGGAUGUCAUCACCUCCCAGGAAACGGCGUGCGGAGGUAACUAAGGAGGAAUCAGAGCGAAUGGAAAAGAGAAAGGAGCAGAAUAAAACUGCGGCCAGGAAAUUCAGAGAGAAAGAGAAGAAAGAAAAAGCACAACUUCAUCAGACUGUGAAAGACUUGCAGAAAAAGAACGAGGAUUUAAGAGCAAAAAUUCAACAAAUGGAAGCAAUGAAGGCAAAAUUUCACAUGCAUUAGGAUUAAUAGACAGAUGAUUCAUUGAAACACAGUUUGUGUCCCUAGGAUGUGUUCAUUUCAUUGACAAUUUUUUUUCUAUAAUACUGAUAUUUCGAGUUUUUUGCAACUUUAUGUAUACAAACUACAGAAGACUUUCUGUGUCUGAUUCCGACCAAGUUACCUUUGUUACAACAUUCAUCAUUACUGGAUCUGUUCGUGGACAUUCCAUAUAUAUAUUUACAUCUGAAGUGUAUGUCAAGUGAGUUAUCGUGAUUAUGGUUGAGAAAGAGCUCAAGUAUGUGACAGUGACUGCGUGACUUGUCAUGUGUAGCAAUGGCUGUCCGGUUUUUAAGUUGUAUAACCAGGUAGUUUUGUGCAUGUGACGCCAUUUACAUGUUGAAAUUAAUUUUAUCAAUAGUUGUGCUGUCAUCAUUUUGUGACAAGCCCCCUAUGAUGAAUAAAAACGAUAUUGUUAUGAUUUUUUUCUUGUAUAUAAAUUAUGAAUUUACUGUAAUAAACCAAGAUUUACAAGG